AGCAUUGUUUUUGUUUAUUAUGUAAUGUGGCUAAUCGUAAUCAAAGUAAUUUCAUGACAUUGGCUUAAUAAUCAGCAGAUAAUUUGAUUUGGAAUGGGUCAGACUUUGUCUGAACCAGUGACAACGAAGGAAACUUCUAGCUGUCAGAACAACUUUGUAAAAGUUGGGUCAUCAUGUAUGCAAGGAUGGCGAAUAACUAUGGAGGAUGCCCACAUACAUCUGCUCUCACUUCCUAAUGAUAAGGACACCUGCUUCUUUGGGGUUUUUGAUGGCCAUGGAGGCUCAAAAGUUGCUCAGUAUGCUGGUGAACAUCUGCAUAAGAAAGUGAUAUCCAGGCCAGAAUAUUCUGAGGGAAGAAUACCUGAUGCUCUUAAACAAGGAUUUCUUGAUUUGGAUGAAGAUAUGAUGAAAGAUAACGACAUGAAGGAUGAAUUAGCUGGGACAACAGCCAAUGUAGUGUUACUCAAAGGAAACAAAAUCUUCUGUGGCAAUGUCGGAGACUCAAGGUGUGUUGCAAGUGUCCGUGGUCAGGUAGAACAGCUAUCAUAUGACCACAAGCCAGGAAAUGAAGCAGAAACCAAGAGAAUUAUUUCUGCAGGAGGAUGGGUGGAAUUUAAUAGAGUUAAUGGAAACCUUGCAUUGUCUAGAGCAUUAGGUGAUUUUGUCUUCAAGAAAAAUGAUAAAAAGGACUCAAAAGACCAGAUUGUAACUGCAUACCCUGAUGUACUAGAGAAACAGAUCACUCCAGACCAUGAGUUCUUGGUCCUUGCCUGUGAUGGUAUUUGGGAUGUUUUAACUAAUCAGGAGGUAGUAGACUUUGUGCGAGCUCGAAUUGCUCAAGGAAUGGAACCAGACAUAAUUUGUGAGGAGCUGAUGAUGAGAUGCCUUGCCCCUGACUGUCAGAUGGGAGGAUUAGGCUGUGAUAACAUGACUGUAAUACUUGUAUGUUUUUUACUUGGGGGAAGCUAUGAUGAUCUCACACGGAAAUGUUCACGGGGUGGAGGACAGAGACUAGGGGGCUAUUAGUCCUUCGUAGGUGACAUUCACACACCACUGUAAGAAAAAAAUCCACCACUUCUGUCUAUAAUGUCAGACCAUGUGGUAAAAUUCCAUCCGUAAUAUAUAUAUGGAUAAAAAUGACUUCAGUGUUAUCCAAGAGUAUAGCUGUUUACAUAUUGUUAUGAAAUUUUAAUAUACAUCUUUAUAUGUGUGUAUUUAUAUGUGUGAGUGGGUGUGUUCAUGUGGAGUGAUGAGGAAACUGUUAUAUGCUGUAAAUUUUACAAAUUUUAACAUGGUACAUAUUCAGAUUUUACAAAUGGAUAGUCAGUUUUAGACUGAUACAAAUUCAGGUUUUUCAUACAGGAAUAAAGAGGCAGCUCUUCUGCAUUGAAAUUUCAAAAUAAAUGAAAAAAUAUUCUGGCACAUAUUAUAUAGAUCAAAUCUAUAUAUUUAUGAUAUUUUUUCUUUCCAACAUUUAUAUUAUUUAGUAGAAGAAAGUUUUGGUUUAGAUUUUUAAUUUUUUUUUCCUGGAAAUAUUAGAAUAGUCAUGAGCAUUCAGCAAUACUGAAAAUAAUUCAGGUUUACAAAUAAAUCUUAUACAUAUGAACACAAAGACAUACAUUUGCCUAGUCUUAUAUUGAAGAUUUUAAAUCACACAAGCAGUAUUAAUUUACGUUUUAUCUGUGAUAAUUAAAUAAAAAAACAAGAUGUAACAGUGUAGUUACUGUUGUGUACUUAGUCAUAAAUAACAAGAUUUCUUAAUUCUGUAAAAAACUUACAAUAUAAGAUAGGAGAGGGUCAAUAUAGGCUGUGUGCCACUGCAGAAUUAUAGCAUAUUGUAUUGCUAAUUGAAUUUAAUAUAAACACUGUUUUGAACUAAAACCUAUAUGCUCAGGACAAAUAUUUAUGCAGCCAUUAAAUUACAUAAUAAACAUGAUAUUAAAUUGAAUUGGACAGUAUGGAUACUUAAAUGUUUACAUGUAUAUUGAUAGACAAAGUUUUGAAACUACAUGUACUGUAUAAUUUUAAAUUAUUAUUAUUUAUUUAUACAAUAUAAUUUCACAUAUCCGAAACUUUGGAAGACUUCUAAACAAUAUAUUGGUUUAUAUCAUUGGGAAAAUUUAUUUGUAUUUCAUAUGAAAGCAUGCCAGAUAGAUGAAUUUGAUUGAUAAUCUAUAAAAUUCAAAUCAGGGAAUAUGAAAGGUUGUGAUUGUGAAUUCAUCUCUUGUUUGAAAAAAAAAAAAAAAAACAGAACAAAACAAAAGCAAAAAUUGAGAUGAUACUUUGAAAAUGGGAUUAAUUACAUACUAAGAGCUGCUUUAGAUUACACCCUCUCCUUUUGAAGAUGUUAAUCAUGUAUUAUGUGGUGUGGACAGAUCUACAUAUAAUAUCUUUAGGGUUGACUAAGUAAUUUGAUUUCAGGUAUAAUUUGGUCCUUCAAGUAGCCAACUCAUUUGUUAUUGGGUAUUGAUCUUUUAAAACAAAAUAUUUAAUUAUUUUUCUUGUUGCCAAAGAGUCUGUUGUAUAUCUCACAUUUUAAAGUCUUUGAUAAUCUUAAUGCUGGUCCAAUGUCGUAUUAUUUAUUGUAUGUAUAUAUUAAUAUUACAUAAUUAUGUUUGAAUUGUGUGUGAUUUAUUAGAUUUUUUCAUUACCUCUUUCUUUUGUCUAUGAUUUUUGUUUCAUAUGUUA